GUGAUAUCUAGUUUACGUGAUUUGUGGACCGUGUAUCACCAGCGCAGCAAUGUACAACAAUUACGGCAACGCGAUGACGACGGACCAGUUCCGCAAGGUAGAACAAUACUCGCCAAAAUCGUCCCCCCGUGCUGGAGGGGCCGGUGGCCGAUCACCCGUUGUCGCCCGCCAGGAUUCCUCCGGCACGCUCAAAACCACCAUUCAGCUCGGCAAAAACCCUUCGAUACUGCACAGUGGACCAUUUUACUUAAUGAAGGAACCACCAGGAGAAGGUGAACUAACGGGGGCCACAAACCUGAUGGCACAUUAUGGCUUAGAGCAUUCGUAUAGUAAAUUUAGUGGUAAGAAGGUUAAGGAACAGCUAUCAUCAUUUCUCCCGAAUUUACCUGGCGUCAUCGAUGGACCAGGACAUCUCGAUAAUAGUUCCCUUCGAAGUGUGAUCGAAAAACCACCCAUUGUUGGCAAAGAACUGCUUCCACUUACCAGCGUUCAGCUGGCCGGAUUCCGCCUGCAUCCAGGACCGCUUCCGGAGCAGUACAAACACCUGAAAACCGCACCAACUAGAAAGCAUAAGAAUAAGCAUAAGAAACACAAACACAAGGACGGUGUGGCACCGCCGGAACAGUCCGCACUGGAAGCAGCCGGGCUCGAUACUCACGAGAAGAAGCACAAAAAGCAGAAAAGACACGAAGACGACAAGGAGCGCAAGAAGCGGAAAAAGGAGAAAAAGCGUAAAAAGCAGCGCCAUAGUCCGGAGCAUCCGGGUGGUGGCGCCACCUCCGUGCCACCGCAAACGCAAGUCUAUUAAAGAAACAAAUUCAUAGUGAACCGAUCGAUAAGCUGGCAACGGGAGCAAAUCUGAUCAUCUACAACUCGAGCGCCUACUACCAUCGGGAAAUGUCGUACGAAACCUCAUCUUACACACGAAUGGUAAACUAUGCUGUGCAGUAGUCGGACCAAAAUAUCGCCCUUAAUUAUUCCUUGGCGUCACUUCCAAUGCACGAAUGCAGUACCGUACGUCGGGCUUACAUUUUUUCGGAAAUAGUUGAAAGGAUGUGCUGGAACCAAAAACAAACAUAAAUUGCCUCAA